AUGACACACGUUGUUUCCUCUGUUUCGAUCUACUAUUCGAAAAUGAAAGACUUAUGGGAUGAGGUCGACUAUAUUAUGACUAUACCUUCUUAUUGUGAUAAAUCGAAGGAUUUUGUAACUCAUUUAAGGAGACAAAGACGGUUUCAGUUCCUCAUGGGCUUGAACGAUGGAUACUGUCAGUCUCGAAGACAAAUUCUCAUGAUAUCACCUAUACCCUCUGUCAAACAAGCUUAUGCACUAGUUGUGCAAGGUGAAAGUCAAAAACUAGUUGCAGGUGGAGCUUACAAUCCAAAUGAUCAUAUGGAGCCAACUGCUCUUUUCACUGGAAGGAAUGGAUUGUAG